AGCCUGACAAGUUCGACAUCGCCGAGAUGAAGUGCCACGCCUGGGGAGGACAUGUGUACUCCCCUGCCAGCCAGUCUGACCUCAAGUCCGUUUCCGAUCGCAUGCGCAUGCAAGACUUCUGGAUCGGCUUGAAGAGAUCGCCUGACGGAGGAAACGAGUGGUACAACGUCGACAAGUCGAACAUCAUGUUCCUCAUCUCUCAGUGGGGAGCGGGAUAUCCUAAGAGCGAUGGGGGCGAGAACUGCGUGCAAGUGUUUGGAGUUGGAGCUCUCCGUGGAAAGAUCGGAGAUGCUGACUGCUCGCAACCCAAGCCCUACUAUUGUGCCAAGGAUGUCUAAUCCUUGUAAGCUAGCUCACGCAUCCCGCCAUCUUUUCGAACAAAUGAACUUUUUGACAACC